AUGAUCCAGCGCUCCGGAGAGCCGGAGGCAGCCAGGAGGCAUCAGUCCGACAGUAAGAUCUCUCGGUUGGCUCAGAGGUGGAACCAGAGACCGGCUGGAGAUGCUCUGAUCAAAGACUUGAGGCCCCUGUUUUACACGGGAACCCCCCGAUCCUCACUCAGUCUGGACAGGCGCCUCCCAGGUGUCAUGACCCAGCAGAUGCAGAACCUUCAGUUGUCCCAGACCAGGAAGUGCCCCGGUGGGCCAGCCUCCCCCAGCGCCGCCAAGCGCCUGUACCGGAACCUUUCGGAGAAGCUGCGAGGAAGCACCUCCUCCUUCGAAGAUGCGUACUUCUUCGGCAAGACGGAUCGCCUCCGCAAGGCCUCGGUGAGUUUAAUGUGUACAAUGCAGGGCAGUGACUGUAUCUUCGAGGCAGUGGAGCAGCAGGACCUGGACGCGGUGCAGAUUCUUCUGUACCAGUUCUCGGCCGAGGAGCUGGACCUGAACACGCCCAACAGCCAGGGCCUGACGCCGCUCGACAUUGCCAUCAUGACCAACAACACGCCCAUCGCCAAGCUGCUGCUGAAGGCCGGCGGCAAGGAGAGUCCGCACUUCGUGAGCGUGGAGAGUCGGGAGGCCCACCUGAGCUCCCUGGUGGUGGAGGCGGAGCGGCGGGCGGCGGACCUGGCGGCUCAGGCUCAGAGAGACGGCCUCUCUUUGGAGGCCUGCCACAAGGACAAACAGCUGAGAGCCUGGGAGUGGAGGAGCAAGCUGUACAAACGCAUGAAGACGGGCUUCCAGCACGCACGUGCCCCAGAGGCCCCGUCUAUGGUUCGUCUGAGCGUGAGCAGUAGCACCACGCUGACCAUCACCUUUCAGGAACCACAGUGUCUCAACUCAACCGUGGUCACCAAAUACAAAGCGGAGUGGAGCUGCCUGAAGGAUUUCUCUCUGCUCGCUGGAGAGAUGGUGUUGGAUAAUCUGCAGACCCUCAAGUGCACCAUCAGUGGCCUCACCACGGGUCGGCUCUACUACGUUCGAGUGUCUGCCUAUAACAUGAAGGGCUGGGGUCCACCUGCCUCCUCCCUCCCUCCAUCUGCUGCUCCUUCCAAUUGGAGGGAGAGUGAUGGUCGGGAGCCCAGGAGGCGGGGCCACAUCGAGGCCAUGGAGCGUCUGCUGCAGCAGGUCCGAGCCACCCACACACACUACUGCUGCGGAGACACAUCGAAGCUGCAGAACCCGAGCCGGAAGCAGUCUGUGUCCAGGAGUCUCAAACACCUCUUCAACUCCUCCAACAAGUUUGUGAAAACACUGAAAAGGGGGAUUUACCUGGCGGCCGUCUUCUACCAUAAGGACAGUUUACUGGUGACGGCGGAGGACCAGAUCCCCAUCGUGGAGGUGGACGACUCCUACAGCAGCUCCCUCAUGCAGGACUUCCUGUGGUUCACCAAGCUGUCCUGUAUGUGGGAGGACGUCCGGUGGCUGAGACAGAGCAUGUCGGUGUCCAUGUCCUCAUCCUCCACGCUGCAGGCCAGGCACAAGAUGCUGACCGCCGCUGGCCAGCUGCAGAACCUCCUGGGAACUCACAACCUGGGCCGGAUCCACUACGAGCCCAUCAAGGAUCGCCACGGCAACGUGCUGCUGGUGACAAUCCGCGACACGGAGAGCCAGCACUCACUGUUCAGCGGGAAGUGGAUGCAGGUGACCAAACUGCAGAGCCAGAGGAAAUCCCUGUCCACACCCGAGGAGCCAUACGCUCUGGACAUCCUCAUCAUCACCAUACAGGACAUUUUGGCAUACCAGCGGCGCAGCACUCACCGACUCGCCCCGGGUCUCUACCUGGGCUACCUGAAGCUCAGCAGCUCCGUAGACCAGAUCAAAGUCCUGGUGUCCCAGCGGACCCCCAACAUGCUGUGUCACACCCGCAUACGAGACAACUGCAACGUCUCCAGGGAGGAGUGGGACUGGAUCCAGACGCUUUCAGGUGCAGGACAGAAUGACCACAACAGGGAAGGGAGUGAGGGGGCGGAGCCCAGAGCAGAAAGCCAUGCCCCCUUACUGUACUAUGAGCUGCAGACAGCGAUCAAGUCCCUGCUGAAGCACAUCAACCUACCUCUGCACCAGGCCCGUCACUUCCGUCUCUACAGUCAGGAGGUGGUGGAGCUCGGUCACGGUGUCUCCUUCCUGCUGCUGCUGCCAGCUGCCGAUGACGUUUGCUCCGCCCCCGGACAGUCCAACCCCUACAUCCCCCUCUCAGGAUUCCUUCACCUCCCCCUGCAGAUGUUUGAACUUGUUCACUUCUGCACCUACAAGGAGAAGUUCAUCAGCCUGUACUGCCGUCUGUCCUCCGUCUUGGACCUGGACGCCCUCAUUACCCAGCAGACACUGCGGGAGGCCAUCACUGACAGUGAGGUGGCCACAGCCAAACAGAGGCAUCAGCUCAUACUGGACUACAUCCAGCAACUGGAUGAAAUGCGUCGGGACCUCCGCUGGAUCACCGACGCGCUGCAGUACGCUCGCUACAAGCACCCUCGGGGCGGCGUACCCAUCACCUGCCUGGUUGACGUCAGCGCUCCGGAGAGCGACUCCGGCCAGCAAAAGACAGACUCCACCUCCUCCACCAUGGACUACCUGCCCACGCCCUCCCCCUCACCUGAGCUCCGCAGGAGGAAGGCCAUCAGUGACUCUCUACUUGGCUCGGAUGAAGACGGCUCCUCCGAGGUCUUUCUGCCCACUGACAGCGACUAUGACUCCAGUGACGCCCUGAGCCCCCGCGAGCUGGACCUGCUCUACUCCCCACCCCAAGAUCUAUCCCAGCAGGCCGUGCACUCGCUGGGCGGCAGCGCCCCUGAUGUGCUCCAGAUCCAAGAGCUCAGGUACAGCGUUGUCCCGCCCACAGACCUCCCCCUCCCCUCGAUGAUGAAGGAUCCCAAAUCUAAAGAGGCUCCUCUCUCCUCAUCCCUCCUCCCCCACUCUCCCUCUCUGUCCAAGGACUUCAGUCUCUCUAGCUCUGGUUUGGCUCGCUCCCCCUCCCUCUCCAGGACCCUCCCCACCUCUCCGUCCCUUCCCCUGUCCCCCAGAUUCUCCAAAGACCUGCCUCUGUCCCUCCCCCUCUCCCCGGUUCUGUCCGACACCACCAAGACUCUGGAGGGCCUCUCCCUGUCCAAGAGCCACCAGGAGGACGUUGCUCCCCUGAGGGCCCUCGCCAACCCCCCCGCCAAACGCAAACUGCUCUCCAGGAGUCACAGGGGCCAGUACUUCAGCGGGCCCCAGCGCUGGCUGAGGGGCCACAGCGGGGAGAGUCAGACCAGAUCUCUAUCUGAGGGUGUGUACACCAAGCAGCUGGAUCCAGACCUGCCCCCACCUGGGGACCUUCCCUCCCCACAGAGCACCACCUACGUCAGCCACGCCUCCUGCGUCCUGGAGAGCCGGAAGGGCCGACACCGGGAGCCACGGCCCCACGUCCGCAGGAUCUUCGUGGAGCCCUGCAAGGAGCUGUUGCCGGGCGACGAGAGGAGGGGCUGGGAGGAGGAGGGGGAGGGAGGCAGAGAGAUGACGGAAAAGCUGAAGGCUGCAGGCGUGUCGGUGGUCGUGGCACAGGCGGAGUCUGGAGGGGAGGGGGAGGAGCCUGAAGGAGCCGCCGCCCAGGACGUAGACUCAGACGAACAAACCAAUGCACAGGUGUCAGAGAUCCUGAGCAGCACGCUUCUCAGACUGGAGGUGUUGGAGGAAUCCGCUGCAGCCGGGCUCCUGAACAGCCGAGCCUCGGCGGUCAGAGGACGCCGUGUGGGAGGGUGUGAACCAACUGGAAUCUCACACCACCGCUGGCAGGGAGUUUUCCCGCUGGAGCGCUCGGAGCAUUUCAGAGCCGCGGUCCAAGCCACAGGAUCUCUGCUCCCUAGCCCCUCGCUCAAGGACUUGGCUCUGCACACAACAAGUCCGUCAGUGAGAAUGCACGACGCUGUGGAAACGCACAUCCAGUUAUUCAGUGGAGUCUGGGAGAGUCCAGCAGUGUCUGACGUCUCUGCAGUGAAGAUACUCUCCAUGUUUGUGUUGGGCUGUGACCCCAUCAGGACGUCUCAGUCCUGUGUUGCUUGGAUCUGGAGUGUUCUGGACCUGUGUCUUUGGGCAGGUGGACUCUUCAGACUGGUCCUGGAGCAGAUCUGCCCUGAACCUUCUCCCUUAAAAACCCCUCAUCCCACCUCUUUGUGUAUGAGUCUGUGA